GCGGGGCGCCCCUUGCGCGCCGGGCUGGAGGCAGAUGGAGGGACCCACGCUCCGCGCUGGGCCGGGGCUCCGCCGCCGCCGCUGCCGCCGGGAGGCCGCGCCUGGCGGAGCGCGGGGGCGCGGCGGGCGCAGCCCCUGAGGUGCGGCAGCCCGCGCCCGCCCCGCCGCACGCCCUACCUGUGCCGGGCCCGCCGCUGCCGCCCCUCCCCCGGCCCCGCCGCCGCCCCCGCGGGGGCCGGGACUCGACACGCCGCGGCGCCGAGACGCGGUCCCGAGGAGAGGGCGAGGGAGCGGGAGCGGGAACGGUGCCGGCCGCGGCGCAUGAUGUGGGUGCCGCUGCUGGCGUGCCUCACCGCGGGGAUCGUCUCCGUGCCCAAGUGCCAGCGCGGCCCCGGAGCCCUCCUGGGGGCGGCCCGGCUGCUGGCGGCCGUGCCGGGACUCUGCCAGCGCCAGGAAAACAGAUGUGCCACUUCAAAUGCAGUAACAUGCACAAAGUGUCUUGCUUUGGGUCCAGAGUGUGGAUGGUGUGCUCAAGAGGAUUUCAUGGCCGACGCAACACAGAAGGGACGCUGUGACACUGUUUUCAACUUAAUGAAAAGAGGCUGCCAGUCAGAUUUUGUAGAAAAUCCCACAGUUCAUGUCACAAUACCCAGUGACCAUGAAACAAAUACACAAGUGACACCAGGAAAAGUUUCAGUCCAACUGCGUCCAGGAAGUGAAGCAAACUUUAUCGUAAAAGUUCGACCUCUAGAGAAAUACCCUGUGGAUCUUUAUUAUUUAGUUGAUGUCUCAGCCUCAAUGCACAACAAUAUAGAAAAACUAAAUUCCGUUGGAUUUGCUUUAUCUAAAAAGAUGGUGAAUAUUUCACUUGAUUUUCGACUUGGAUUUGGAUCCUAUGUAGAUAAAACUGUGUCACCCUAUAUUAGCAUCCAUCCAGGCAGAAUCCAUAACCAAUGCAGUGAUUAUAAUUUAGAUUGUAUGCCUCCUCACGGUUAUAUUCACGUGCUCUCCCUGACUGACAAUAUAGCAGAAUUCAGAAAUGCAGUGAAUAAACAAAAGAUUUCUGGCAAUAUUGAUACACCUGAAGGGGGUUUUGAUGCGAUGCUCCAAGCAGCUGUAUGCCAGAGCCAUAUUGGAUGGCGUAAGGAAGCAAAGCGACUGCUUCUUGUGAUGACAGACCAAACUUCCCAUCUGGCCCUUGACAGUAAAUUAGCAGGGAUUGUAAUUCCCCAUGAUGGAAACUGUCAUUUGAAAGAUAAUGUGUACAUCAAAGCUACGAGUAUGGAGCAUCCAUCUCUUGGGCAGCUCUCUGAAAAAUUGAUUGACAAUAACAUCAAUGUUAUUUUUGCAGUUCAAGGAAGCCAGUUCCAUUGGUAUAAAGAUCUGUUACCUCUGUUGCCUGGUACUGUUGCAAGACAGAUAGAAUCACAAGCAGCAAAUCUCAAUGAUUUGGUGGUAGAAGCCUAUCAGAAGCUGAUCUCUGAAGUGAAAAUUCAAGUGGAUAACCAGAUCCAAGGUCUUCAUUUCAAUAUCACUGCAAUCUGUCCUGAUGGAAGUAGAAAAACUGGCAUGGAAGGAUGUAAGAAUGUGGGAUCCAAUGAAGAAGUACUUUUCAAUGUAUCGCUUAAAAUGAAAGGAUGUGAUACAACUGGAGGAAGAAAAUAUGCAAUCCUUAAGCCUAUUGGUUUCAAUGAAACUGCCAUCGUUAACGUGCAGGAAAGCUGUGCCUGUCAGUACGGAGACAGUGCAAGGCACAAAAGAGUAUGGACUGAUGAAACUUUUUCUGAUGGCAAGCAGUCCCAGUGCAGUGACAAUAACUGUAGCUCCAACAGCAUUACGCUUCCUUCUGAGGCGUGCAGACGAGACCAGGACCAACCCAUCUGCAGUGGUCAAGGCAAUUGCAUAGAUGGGAAAUGUUUUUGCUACAAAAGCAAGCUAGGCAAGGUGUAUGGCAAGUACUGUGAAAUGGAUGAUUUUUCCUGCCCAUAUCACCAGGGUAACUUAUGUUCUGGUAAUGGUGAAUGUGAAGCUGGUAAAUGCAAAUGCUUUGCUGGCUGGGAAGGUGACCGUUGCCAGUGCUCGUCACAAUCAGGAAAGCACUGCCUGAAUUCAAAGGGCCAGAUUUGCAGUGGAAGAGGAAAAUGUGUAUGUGGGAAGUGUGAGUGCACAGAUCCAAGAAGCUUUGGCCGUUUAUGUGAAUAUUGCCCUACUUGUAACAAAGCCUGUGAAGAAAACUGGAAUUGUGUUGAGUGCCGUCAUUCUAACAAUGCAUCUCAAGCUAAACUUGACCAGUGCACAACCUCAUGCACUUAUGUGCUGCAUUAUGUUGACCAAACUUCAGAAUGUUUCUCUGGACGAAGCUACUUUAGAGUAUUUUCCAUAAUCUUUAUAGUUACCUUUCUGAUCGGGUUGCUUGUUGUCCUUAUCAUCAGGCAGAUAAUUCUGCAGGGGAGUAGCAAUAAAAUUAAAUCUUCAGCUGAUUACAGAGUAUCUGCAACAAAGAAGGAUAAGAUGUUUUUGCCUACUGUUUGUACAAGAACAGUAACAUACAGACGUGACAAACCAGAGGAAAUAGAUAUCGACAUCAGCAAGUUACGAUUAAACGAAACUUUCAAGUGUGAAUUCUGAAGACAGUGGGUUUUCUACAAAUGUCUAUUUCCAUCAUGCUUGACUUUUAAAAGGUUAUGACUGUUGUCAUAUGGGUUUGUGUCAUGCAUUUUGUCCAAUACUGUAACAAAUUCACAUCUAAGCAUUUUCACAUGAUGUGACUAUGUUUGAAAUUAUAGCUGCUGUAUUUUAUUGGGUUUUUUUUGAAAGAGAAAUGUGCGUUACUACUGUUCAGGAACAUUAGUGUUGAUGUAGCACUUUAGCAUAUUCUAAUUUAUUUAGUCAUUGCCUAGAAUGUAGAUAUGAACCGGUCUGACAAAGCACUGAUCUCACUCUACCUGUAGCUAGUACUGAUGUGCUCUGUGAGAAUGGACAAAAGCUGUGACUGAAAUAUUAACAUUGCUGUAUAUUAUAGCAAGAGAUAAAACUAUUCAAAUGCUCUUAAAUAGAGUAAAUGGUACUUUUAUAGUUCUCUCAGUUGACUAAAUUUCACUGAUAUUUCUGCUUUAGCCUCUUAGCUUCUCGUUACUUAAUAAAAGUUACUGGAUUAAAUGAGUCCUUAAUUGAUGAUGUGGAUGUAUAGCUGUGUGUGCAUGCACGUACAUGCAUGCACACACACACAGAGAUAAAUUAUAUAUGUAUAGUUUUUAUAUGUUGUUACGUCACUUGAAGAUAAUUUAUAUCUGGUAAAGAGUAAUGAUUAGCUUUUUUACUUGUUUCAACAUAAAAAUUUAUAUAUUAAUUUCAAGGUAUUUGGAAACUGAGUGGUUACAGAAAGCAAGAGAGUUCCUCUGUCCAGCAGCAUAGUCGACAUGAUGAUCUCUGCCAGCUGACUCCAACUUUGGAGUCAGCAGCAUUAACUCCAUUUCAAGCAGAUAAAUUACAGCAGAGCUGUGUUUGGUUUAAUAGCUACUUGUUAGAGUUUUGCCAAAUAAGGGCUUUGUUCUUUUUGUAUAAUGUCAGAUAUGUCUGAAUAUGCACAUGCUCUUUUUUCUUAUGUAAAUUAGUUGACAGGCUUAGAUUUCGCAAAUCCUUACAUAACCACUUCAAAAUUUGUGACUGCAUUGAAAAAUAUGCCCAGUGUGGUGUGGAAAAGAACCUGCAAUUUGGGAGAAGGUGAGGACAACAGUAGUCUUGUUCUCAAGGGAACAUAAUCAUUGACUUCAUAAAUGUGGAAUCAAAUUCUGCCUUCAGAAAUGAGCAAAACUCUUCUAAAUACAGUGGGACCAAUAUGAGAUUAUCUGAGAGCAGAAUUUGAGCUACAAGGUAAAGCAGAAGCAUUCUGUUACCCUUGAGCCCUUCUAUAGUGGCAGAAGAUGUUACUCUUGUAUGCUAGUUGGAAAAGUCAGCCAACAGCUUGAUUUACUAACUUUGUCCUGCCAAAACCCUACAAAAAUCUGAUCAACAUGUAGUGCACUAGAGUCUUGCUCAUUAAAAUAAUCACCUCAGUAGUGUAUCAUUUUAGCAACAUUAGUUACUGAUAACUAAAUAUUAGUCUGUACUGGUCAUAAAUAAGAGUUUCAGAAACAAAGCAGGAGCUCUUUAUUUGCAGUUUUAGAAGUAAGUAUAUAUUUGUAUUUCUUCUGCAAAUUCCCACUGAAAUCUGAGGAGUAUACAUGUGAAAGGAAGGCAAGAUGCAGAACAAAUGACUGUAAGUGUUCAGCUCACCCAAUUGAUUUAUUGCAUGGUUGAUCAAAUGAGGGGUCAAGAAAAAGAAUACAGAGACAGUGGGGUUUUUAUUAAAUGGUAAUGAAGGCUUUAGAUGCUAAGGUUUGGUAAAACAAACAAACAAACAAACAAAACGCAAUGUAUACUGGAUCGUCAAAUACUUCUAUAGCAAUUUUCAAAGUAGUCCUUGACCUUUCUACCAUACAGGUAAAAAAUGUCUCAUUUAGAGAAAAGGAGGUUUCGUCACACUGACCCUGUUUUUACUGAUAGCUCCACUGCAGUAUCUUAUAGAUUAAUUCUGUAAUCUAUCAAGUAUACCUUAAACUUUCAUUUUCUUUUAAAACAUGUAGAACUAUUUUCCUCCUGUGUAAAUUAACAGAUUGGAAACCAUUGGUUUCAGUGGGAUUAAGAUAAAAGCUUGAUAAAAGUUUAGCUGGUAUUUUUAAGUGAGUAGGAAACAAUAUCUGUUUCACUUAACAGAGAAAACAAAUUGAAAUGCUCAGCAGAGAAUAUCUGAGUGUAUAAAAAAAGAUGUUGUUAUCUUCUUUAAACAGUGUGAUUUUUUAAGGGUUUUUUAGCAAAAAAAGAUUCCUCAGAGUUAUUUUCUCUAAUGGCACUGAAAGCAGUAAAGCAUUUUCUGAAGUGAUAGCUAAUGUUCUUUCUUUAGAAAUCACUUUUCAGUGUUAGACAGAGCUAAAUUAUGUGGUUAGAGGACAAUGGAGCUGGGUUCUUUGUGGGAGAAGGAUUUGAGCUACAACACCCAUCUUCCAGACACAUCACACUGCUUCUACUUUUCUUCUGUAGCACUUAGUCAGCAUUGCAGUGCUGCCUGUGAAGGGCCACGGCCAGUAUUUCCCUAUCAGAUACCUGCCUAAACUUUAAUAUGUUCUGGUCAAAUAGCACAGGCUCACAGGACAAAUUGCACUGUAAGCUGCUUGCUGUCCUAAGGUUAAAAAAAGCUAAAGGGUAGUGUUUUAAUGAGGAAAAAAAAAAAAAAAAAAAAAAAAAGCAAGCUUCUUUGCAUCUCCCUCAUGGUUGUGCUGUAUUGUGGAGGAGGCUAGUGAAAAAGAAUGAGCUGCUGCUAAUGUGACAGGUCAAGGCUUUUAGAAGGCCCAUGGGGAGCUCAUACAGAGCGGCAUCCUUGGGAGGAGGCUUUGUUUCUAGGGAUGGAAUCUAUCCAUGAGAAACUCUGGCUUUGCUUGGUACUUGUUUCCCUCUGCCUUUGACCAUGUUUUUCAGAAGAGCUGCUGCAGGAGAUGAAUAGCCUAACAAAAGCCUCACUAUUUAGGGAGCUGUGUUCCCUCAGCACAUGACCUUAAAUGAAAAAGCAGACUGUAAUUCACAAGGAAUUUCCCCAGCAAUUGCAGAAGGACUCUGCUUCCUAUAGUGCUUAGUGUGGGAGAUAUUAAAGACAAAUUAGUUCAUAUUAGUUUCCAAUGUAUUGUGCGUCAAAGACGCUUGUAAAAUUAGGGGAAAAAAUAUCUAGCCUCAGAAUAGAAUGUUCCAAACUUCUUAAAUAAUACAUCUUCUACUGGGCUUCUUUAAAAGUGAAAAAAAAAGUCAAAUAAUUUGAUCACAUCCCUAUGCCCAAAAAUAUACUGGCAGAUACUGUUGCAUCUCAUCACUGGUUUUAGGAGUUCUUUUUAGAUUUGCUCCCACAAACAGAGCAUGUACAUGACUUUUCACAGCAGAUUUGUUAAUGUUAAAAUCCAUACGUAUGAUUUUCAAAUUCUAAUCCCACUUUUUUAUCUCUAACUGGUUGUUUGUCUAACAUUUCAGAAAUGACAUGUUUGCACAAUUAAAUAGCAUGCAUUUUCCUCCAGAUUAUUAUUUUUUUUUAACUGUAAAAUGAAGCAAUACUAUGAGUGUAUUCUUUCCAAGCAUCAUGAGUACAUUAGUAACAUUGCCACAGAAGUGUGUGGGAAAAUAGCUGCUUCAUCCAGAAAACGUGCACAUGGUAUGCAAGGAAUUUUCAUUGUGCCCAGCUGAAAUUCCCUUACGUUCACAGGGAAUGUUGAAAGUGAACCUUAAAAAGGAAGGACUUUUGUAUAGGCAUAGUUUACAUUUUAUCCAUUAUUUUCAACUGGAUUUAUUUUUUCCUUUCUAUGGUGUCAUGAAAACCUGCUAUGUAAAGUAUUCUUCAGACUGCAGUGGAAAAAAUUUAUUUUCCCAGACUGAUCAUACAUAAUAUUUAUUUCCUGUUUAUUGUGCAUACCUAAAAGUAUGUGUGUUGCCAACAGUGGGAGUGAAGCAGCUUCAAGCAACCCUUAGUCCUGAAGUAGCCAUAAGGCCCUGGGAAUGUCCAAGGCAGAGAGAUGCAGGGUACUGCUGCCUGUGCAGGGACUCGUAGAGGGAUGGCAACCUCAGCAGAUGCAAUGUGUCCUACAAUUCCCAGAAAUGGGAAUGAACCUAUGGCAUCCCUACGGAGGUGGGGAUCUGAGAUCAUGCUUCUCUAUUUGUUAGGGCAGGAAGUCUCUUCAGAGGAGAUUGGCUUGGCAGAGGUGGUACUCUUUCUGUCCUAGGCACUUGGCCACAUUCUGUCCUUAGUAUUGCAGGCUUCUCACAUCUUUACUGAUCAAAAAAUGCUUGCACAGAACAGAUCUAGGGAGUUCCUGUCAGUACAUACUGUAAAUGUGGAUGCUGCAGAUCUCCACUAAAGCCUCUGGGAAGUCUUUAGGCCUCUGCCCAUUGACUUCCAACCACCCCCCAGGAUCUCCACCAGCCAGCUUUGGCAAGAGAAGGGGGAGAUCUGUUUGCUAAACAGAAAUGGAGCAGUAGUUAAGAAGAACACUACUUUUUACUGAUGAUUUUGACACUGCUCUGAUGCACAGACAUCUUAUGGAUCUUACAGAGACUUGAAAUUCAUGGAGAGGGGAAAAACAAGUUAAAAUUAGCAGGUACGAAUGCAUUUCUCAGUAGGGUUUCACUGAGUGCAAGCCAGGUCAGAAUGGUUGGGUUUUCUGGUGGAACAAAAAAAAAACAACCAGAAACAGAACCGAAAAAGAAAAUAAAAAAAAAAAUUUAACAAACAAACAAACAAAAACCAAACGAAACCAAACAUUAAGUUCAUACAUUCUUAAGCUUUAGAAAUGCUACUGUGGGUUGCAUGUUCUCUGUUUCCUUUUCUGCACACACUCUUAAAAAAUAAAAAGGUACCUACUUAUUGAAAAGAUUAAAUGUCUGGCAUUUGUUAAAAUAAUGGCUUCUAGCCAAAUGCUAACAUUCAUCCUGAUACCCAGAUUGUGUUUGGGCUGUUUCAGUUAUAUUUUGAAGGGAGAUGUUGAAAGAUGGAGGAUUCUUUUGGGAAGGCAUUAGUGUUGGAUGAAUUCACUGUGCUAACAUCUUCUUCACUUUUACCUACUACUGCUUCAAAAAAUAAAUCUACUUUAAAGUGUCUUAACAAUGGCAUGACAGCUAUUAAUACUACAGUUUUUAACUUUCUAUUUAACAUACAAUACCUUUUGUAAAAAAAAAUAUAUAGAAAUAAAUGUUUCUCUAGAUUUUAUGCAUAGAGAAUGUUAGUAAGGGGAGAGGUUUUAAAUAAAUUUAUAACUUCUUACUGUUCAUUUUACAAUUUAAAUGACACUUAAAUCACUACAUUUUUUUUGUCUGGAAAUAUACGGAAUAUUUUAUUAUUUAAAAUAGUAUACUUUUAUAGCGGUUUCAGUUGACUACUAACUUCUAUUUUGAUAUUUAUUAAUGAGUUGACACUGUAGUAUAUUGAGAUGUUUAUUUUUCUAUCAGAGCUGUAACAAUUAUGACAUAGCAUUAUUUUAAUGCAACAUCAUUGUACUUGCUCUCUAAAAAAUAAAAUCAAUAUGUAAUCCA